GCCAUCAUCAAUUCGCCAUCAUCAUGUCCCUCACAUCGCUGUUGGCCAGCAUUGCGGUCAAGGCCGCCGGAGUAGAGUCGGCGCCGUCUGCUCAGGGUCCUGACGCCCCUGAUCCUGCCCUCGUCGUGCUUCAAGAUAUUCGCAGAGCCAGUCAGCUCGCUGAUUCCCUCUCCCUCUACUCGGACAACGACGGCCUCGAUGACCUGCCGACGUCAACGCUGCGACCGCUACUUCUCCACUCGGUGUGGGCAGAGGUCGAGACAAGGGUGCGCACGAAGCCAGGAGAUGUAGACGCAAGACGAACCUGCCUGCAAUCCGCCAAGUCUCACUAUCUUACCUAUAUCAAGACUCUGUUCGACCUCGGCGUUUUCUCCUCAUCCUCCAGCUCAUCCUCCUCGUCCUCUCAGCAGUCUCCGCUGCACCUCCUCGCCUCCCUACUUCGCCCCUACGCCACCUCAGCUUCGUCUUCUUCCUCAUCCGGCUCGACGUCAAUGCCCACCAACCCGCAUCAGCGUCGCGAGCUCAAAGUCGCUCUCUUCAAGCUUGAGCGCAGCUUUAAGUCUGCUCUAGACGAAUAUCGCCAUGCAGCGCGAGAGAAAGCAGGUCUCCAGGCGGGGGCAAAGCUGAGCGUGCCCGGAGCUGGUGCGACCUCUGCGGGUGGCAACAGCACCGAGACUGUCGCGCAAGAGCCAGACGAGGCACAGUGGGACUGGCUCGUCCUCCCCAAGCGGGCAAAACGCAAUGAGCGAGGCGAAGGCAGCGAUGACGAAGAUGAAGACGAGGACGAAGGUAGCGAUGCAUUCGUCAUGCCUGGCGGCAGCAAGGCCGCCUCCUCAUCAGGCAGCAUCGAAACGCCGCACAGCUUGCGGGCCUAUCUCGUCCUCUUGCUACGCUAUCAUGCUUUGCUCGCGCUCAAUAACCUUGGGUUCAUCGAUGACGAGCUCAACUUGCUCGCCAAUAUACCCGCAAGCGCGCAGAGGGACGCAGCUGAAAGGCAGGCGAGGGAAGAGGCCGAGGCGGAGCGUCGCAUGGGAGGUGGGAAUGAUGACUUCCGAGUCGAGACGAGAUUCGACGCUGCGGCUCCCGGCCCGCUGAUGGACGACAAGGGUAAGCCUUUGCGUCCAUUCACCAUCACGAGCGGGCAGGGAGGCGCAGCUGGUAGCGGCAGCGGUAGUGCUAGCAGCGGCAAUCUACCCAUCCGCGAGCUCAACGAGCGUCAACGUAUCCGGGACGGGGUGUUCCGCCCACACGAGCGUCUACCCACGAUGAGCAUCGACGAGUACCUCGCUGAGGAGCAGCGACGCGGGAAUGUCCUCACUGGCGGCGGAGCAGAAGGUGCAGCGAAAGCUACACCAAGGGAAGAGAGGAGCUUGAGAGCCGAGAUGGAUGGGACUCGCGAGGGGAGGGAGGCGCAGGAUGAGGAGCGCGAGGAGAAGAUAGAGUGGGAUCGCUUUACUGAGCAGAAUAAGAGGGGGGCAGGGAAUACGAUGAAUCGUGGGUGACCUGAUGAGUAGAAGGAGAGAGGGAGACGAGGGAUCAAUGAGAAGGAGCAGCAUGUCCUGUGAGCUUUCACCCAGAGCUUUGCUUGAGCUUGCUUGCGUCAAUUCACACCGCCGCUGUUGUCCUGGCAGACAAGCGAGUAGAUAAUGGAUGACAUUAGUGAGGCGAACAUAUGCUGAGGAGGGUGGCUCGAGACGAGAGAGACGAGAUAUUGGAGUGAGGCGGUAUUGCUGAAUAUACUGGAUAUGUCAUGCUGAUCGUCUUGCGAGGCAUUGAGUUACUGAAGGGAAAAAGAGGCUUGCAAUCGAU